UUUUUUUCAUUAAUUUAACGUUUCGUAAUUUUUGUUUGAAAAAAAGACUAUGUAAGAAAUGUCAAAUUCAAGAAGAAAAGUAAUUUUAGCGUAUAGCGGUAGUUUUGAUACGUCUUGUAUAUUGUUGUGGUUAAAAGAAAAAGGAUAUUAAGUCAUCGCUUACGUGAUAAAAAUUUCUGUAACAUCUACAUCAUGGAAAAUCAUCAAAGUAUUCACUUUGGAUCGUGAAGUUCUGAGAGUCAAGUCAUAUCUGACGGAUAAAAUGUCGAAUUACAUUUAUAACGGUUAUAAGUUUUUGCCGGAAUGCGACUUCGUGCGAGAAUGCAUCCAGCAUUCGCAAAGAUAUGUAUACUUAAAUGGCACAGUGAGAGUGCAACUGUACAAUGGGAAAGCCAUGGCGAUCGCCAGAUCAAGCAAGAUCUCAUCGUACAACCAGACCGCAUCCAUGGAUGUGCAAGGUAAUUUCGAACUGACGGGCGCCACUGGAUUUAUUCUAAUACAGUCUCCAAAACUGAAGGAGUUGCGUCGUUUUAAUAAACAACAAUGUCUGAAUCAAGAUUUUAUUGCAAAUUUCAUAAAUUUCAAUAAAGGACGUACUGCAGUUAGCUCGAUGCUACUUUAUUCGCUUUAAAUGUCUACGCGUAUUCUCCUCCAGACAUAAUUCUAUAUUUUGUAAUAAUUGAACGAUUUUUGAAAGGUUUGCAAGGUAUUGCAGCAAGAAGAGUAAUCGUGUGACAAAACGUAAUUAAUUCUAGACGAUUAAAUCAAAAUCCGUCUCUAGAAAUCCGAUUGCUUCACGGUCGGUUCACGUUUAUGUGGUGGUCAUGGGAAGGAGGUGAGGUUUCGCAAUAAAACUAUUACUACAUGUUUUUUGUAUUCAUUUUAGUUAUUAAUUAAUUAAAUUUUAAGAUUACCUUAGCGUAUUCGUGAAGAUUAUAAUAUAAUGUACCAUACCUUUUAAGAGAUAUAUUAAUAGUAUACACAGUG